AUGAUAGAUGCAAAUCUGACACAGGUGACAGAUUUCUUCCUUCUGGGACUCUCUGAUGAUCCCCUGACCCAGAAACUGCUAUUUGUCCUAUUUUUGCUUGUCUACAUGGUCACUGUGCUUGGAAAUCUGCUGCUCAUGUCCCUAAUUUGGAUUGACUCCCAGCUUCACACACCCAUGUAUUUUUUCCUCUGCAACUUAUCUUUGGAUGAUCUCUGUUUGUCUACCAUCAUAGUUCCUCAAGUUCUAGCCCAUUUGCUAUCCAGGAAGAAGAUCAUUUCAUUCACACGUUGUGCAACACAGCUUUUCAUCUCCCUUAUUUUUGGCUGUACACAGUGUGUCCUUCUGACAGUAAUGUCUUAUGACCGGUAUGUGGCCAUCUGCAACCCUUUGCAUUAUUCUAACAUCAUGACUUGGAAGGUGUGUGUCCAGCUGGCUGCAGGAUCAUGGGCCAGUGGUAUUUUUACAUCUGUGAUGGACACCACCUUCACACUAAGGCUACCCUACCCAGGGGGAAAUACUAUUUCUCAUUUCUUUUGUGAAGCCCCUGCAAUACUGGAUUUGGCAUCUGCAGACACUCAUACAACCGAGAUGGUAAUUUUUUUCAUGGGGAUAGUAAUUCUCCUCAUACCUGUUUCUCUAGUUCUAAUAUCUUAUAGCUACAUUAUUGUGACUGUGGUCAGGAUGAAGUCAGCUGCAGGGAGACUCAAGGCUUUCUCUACCUGUGGUUCCCACCUCCUUGUGGUCACUCUCUUUUAUGGGUCAGCAACACUUACCUAUAUGACACCAAAGUCUUCCAAAAAACUAAAGAAAGUGAUGUCCGUGUUCUAUACAAUGGUUCCCUGCAUGAUUAAUCCCAUCAUCUACAGCCUGAGGAACAAAGAUGUGAAAGGAGCUCUGAAGAAAGUAGCCACAAAGAAUUUCCAUUGA